CCCACCCCUCACCGUCCCCGUUAUACGUUUAUUUUACCAUUGUGUUCUUGCUUUGGAAAGUCGUCCCCAAUUUUAUGCCUAUUUUGCCACCAGCUAUGGUUUGCCAGACGAAGAUCGUGGCCGACGAGGAGAUGCCGGGCCCAAAAAGCGACCCGAUCGUCUCUUCCAGCCAGAUGUGGCCGCCGCCGCCGGCAGCUCAGCCGCCCGCCGGCACCUCCUCGCCCGCGGCACCGCUGGAAGCCGCGGCCGCCGGGGACCAGCGUCGGAAGAGGGACGCGGUCUUCAUUCGGGAAUUCGAGCACAGCGACCGGGAGAGCGUACGACGGAUCUUCUACGAGGGCAUCAUGGAGAGAAUUCCUAACACGGCCUUCAGAGGGUUAAAACAACAACCCAGGAUCAUUCUCCUCUACUUGAGCUUGACCGUAAUGUGCUUUUAUCUGACGGAAUCCUUGCUGCUGAUCUGCUGUGUGCCCAUUUUACUGUUGGGCUCCAGAUACCACUACAGUAGGAAAGUUAUCGUCAGCUAUCUUGAGUGCGCACUGCAAACCGACAUGUCAGAUAUUGAGCAAUAUUACAUGAAACCGGCAGGCUCCUGUUUCUGGGUGGCGAUCCUGGACGGGAACGUGGUGGGCAUCGUGGCGGCCAGGGGCAACGAGGAGGACAACACGGUGGAACUGUGCCGCAUGUCGGUGGACUUUGACCAGCGGGGGAAGGGCAUCGCCAAGGCGCUGGGCCGCAAGGUGCUGGAGUUUGCCGUGCUCAACAACUACUCGGCGGUGGUGCUGGGCACCACGGCCGUCAAGAUGGCCGCCCACAAGCUGUACGAGUCGCUGGGCUUCAGGCGGGUGGGCGUCACCGACCACUACGUGCUGCCGGGGAUGACACUCUCCGCGCUGGAGAAGGUCUUCUUCCAAGUGCGUUAUCAUCGUUACCGGCUGCACUUACGCGAGGAGUGAUCUGCCCUCGACCUUCAAACGCCCCCUCCACCUUGCACCAGCGUACCAAUUCCUUGGUUUCCUUCCCUUCGUGGUUUUCUUUUCUCCUUGUCUCCCAUCCCCUCUCCACCCUCCUCCCCGUUUCCAGUCUUUUUACUGACAAGAGCGUUCUCUAUCCUUACCCCCACACACACACACACAGAGGGUCGGUCGGCAGUCCCUACCCGUGGUGUCCGGGCCCAGGGAGCCGCCAUUUUGUGCCAUCCAGGCAACCCGCGCCCUCACCUUCCCGCCAAAUACAAACCGGCACAGACGGAACGCGGGGAUUCCCAAGUGUAGCGCACCUCUAACCCCGAGCCCGCCCGCGGUGGAUGUGGAUGUGGAUGUGGUAACUAGUACUGCAGGGGUGUCUCCUGUGUGUGUGGAAGGGAGGGUUGGGAAUUAGAACCAUAGAACUGUACAGCAUGAUAACUGGGCCUACUUCGGCUCACCUUGUCCAUGCCGACCUAGUUGGUAUAUUGGGCUUGUCUCAAUUGCUUGGAUUAGGCCCAUAUCCCUUCUAUUUGGCCCAUAUCCCUUCCUAUUCCAUGUCUCACUCUAAACCCUUCCUAUCCAUGUAUCCUUCGAAACCCAUCCCUAUAUCCUACAUAAAACCUCUCCAUUUAUCCCUCUAAACCUUCCCUAUCCAUAAAUCCCUCCAGUCCCUCUCUGACCAUACAUCCUUCUCAACCCUUUUCUUUCCAUAAACCCAUCUUUUUAAUUGACCCAAUUGGGAAUAGAUCCUUCCUUGUGUAUUUAAUGCCAGCCCAGCUCCCUUCCAUUGCCCCCCACCCCCCCAAUCUAGCACCCUGCUUAAUUUAACCCCCUUCAUGGUCAGCACUAUUGUUAACGUUAGAUUCUUGGUCGAUCAAAUUAUUGUUUGUGGCAAAGAAACAAAACCCGUAAUACCUGCCUGGUUCGUCCCUGCUUCUUGAGGUGUGCAGGGUCAAAGCCAGUGACCUGAAGCAAGGCCACUCCUGGCCUUGGGAACUUGUCCAUGGUUCUGAAUGGGCAAAGCUUCAAAAAGAAGAUAACUGCUUGGAUGUACCACAAUCUGGGAGAGAGAGAGAGAGACAGAGAGAGAGAGAGAGAGAGAGAGAGAGAGAGAGAGAGAGAGAGAGAGAGAGAGAGAGAGACAUAGAGAGAGAGA